AUUUUCAGAUUUAUCCAAGAAUCAAAUUCAAAUAUGAAAAGUCUACAGAUUCAAAAGUGAAAAUAUCGACUACUUCAAAAAGCAUCCAUAGUUUGUCCAUCCUGAUUUAAAGGUUUAAGAAUGGGCUCUGGAUACAAAACCAUUCUGGAUCCAGAUAUUUUGGAUUCAGAGUACACAGAACUAGUGAACGAAGUAUCCGAAAAUGUUGAUCAAUUUCCAGCAGAAGAAACUCAAAAUAUUAUUAUACUCGCAGUUCUUCUUGUUCUAGGUCUAACAACAAAUUUUCUUGCCUUUCCAGUAAUAUUGUUCAGGAGAACAAAAUUUGGGAAUGGCCAAUUCGCAGUUUUGGUUCUUUGUCUUACUAUAGCAGAUUUGCUUACUGUCUGCUGCGGAUUACUAGGGGGAUUAAUACUGGAGGUUGGUCACAUGACUUGGUCUGGAUCAUCUUCUGCCUGUUCUGCUUAUUAUUUUCUAACUACCUGGCUCCUAGGCCUGGCUAACUAUCUAGUGUCAGCGCUGCUAGGAAUGAUUCAUGUAAAACGAUCUUCCGGGUGGAUUUCUAGAUUGCAGGAAUGGAGAACAUUAUUGAUCUGUCCCUUUAACAAUAUUUAA